AUGAGCGGAACAGGAGGAUUUGCUUCACCCCAGCAGCAGCCCCAGCCAUAUUCGCCCCCGUCUGGCGGCCAGAUCGCGCCUGGAUCUAUCACUUACACGACAUCCACAAGUACGGAUGGUACAGUUACAUAUCAUCCUUUCAGCUAUCAGACAGCCCAAGGUGUUGUGCAUGGUAUCCAAUGGGUACCUGCCGAAGCCACACAGAUCUUGCCAACAGGUGCUCAACCUGCCAAUGCAGAAUUCGCUGCAUCCUUUAAUCGCGGCCAGCUCAGCAGGGGAGAAGAGAGGGAGCUUGAAAAGUGCGCAAAAAAAAAAGAAGAGAAGGUAUCCCUAAAGAACAUCGCGAAACAGUUUGAAAGGGACGAAAUAGAGAUCCGCAUGGCGCGCGAGAGGGAUACUACUCAUGUCAGAGAACGCAAAAGGAGCUUCUACGGUGAAGCACCUCCCUCUGGACCAUUACCGGGGACCGCUGCAUACGGCACUUACAACAGUUCCGCAGAUCUUGACCGCAAAUUCGGAGAUCUCGACAUAGAGCCCAAGCAGGUUUCCUUCGCUCCAGGGCCAAGAAAGGGUACUCAGGGUGGUGCAGGGACAUACUCUUCCCCUCCCGCAACGUACAGCAGCCCAACAGGUUAUCCUACAACUGGAGGCGCUAGCCCUUACAACCGUGCAGCCUCCCCUUACAGACCUGUAGGUAAUUUCUCAACUUCACCAAAUAUAAGGCCACAAGAAUUCUCCUCCACGUACCCUGGUGGACCGGAUCCCAUGGCGAGGGCGCCCUCUCCUUAUGGUGCCAGAGCGCCCUCUCCUUUUGGGGCCACAGGGCCCACUUUUGGGCCCACAGGGCCUACUCCUUACGGUGCCAGAGCGCCCUCUCCUUUUGGUGCCCCAGCGCCCUCUCCUUACGGUGCCAGAGCGCCUUCUCCUUAUGGCGCCAGAGCACCCUCUCCUUAUGGAGGACCAGCACCCACUCCUUACGGUGCCAGAGCACCCUCUCCUUAUGGAGGACCAGCACCCACUCCUUACGGUGCCAGAGCACCCUCUCCUUAUGGAGGACCAGGACCCUCUCCUUAUGGUGCUCGAGCGCCCUCUCCAAUGCCGCAUGCGCCCCGUGGUGCUUCUCCAAUGCCGCCGGGGCCGCGUGCUCCUUCUCCAUACGCACGCCCUGUGUCCCGGGCACCGUCCCCAUACAAUGGCCAACCGGCGACAUCGACCUAUCCUCCUCACCGCGCUCCUUCACCAUUUGUCCCUCCUGGGCAAAUUCAAUCAGUAUACCCCCGUGGGCAUGUCCUUGAAGGUCAGCCUAUCACGGGCCCUCGGUCGCGAGCACCCUCUCCAAUGCCUGGUGCGCCUGCCGGGCCAGGUUUCUCUUCAUCCCCACGUAUGCCCAACGCAGGAUUCACUUCAUCCCCACGUAUGCCCAACGCAGGAUUCACUUCAUCCCCCCGUAUGCCCAAUAGUGGAUUCCCUUCGUCCCCCCGUAUGCCCGGCGCUGCCACAGGAGGAGAAUCGUUACAACUCGCUGCUCCGGAGGCAUUCUCCCGUCCGCCUAAUGCCGCUCAGCCUUACACUCCGUUUAGCGUGAUGAGGAUCCAAGAAAUGGACAAAUUCUACGAUCAGAUUCCUCGCAUGCCACUUGUGCUCGACACUCAUGACGUUUACCACCAGGAUUGGAUCAGAUUCAUGAAUGAUCUUGCUCUUGCGUGGGCCGGCAAGAUGCCUAUUCAUGAGUUCUCCAAGGGGGGAGUUCCUCCUAAGCGGAGCUCACUUGUUGCAGAUUUAAUCAAUUUAUGGAACGAUUCAUUCUUCCGUGCCCGUCGCGUUGAGGUGGUCCUCUACAAAGGCCGCGAGCGACGCUCAGGUCUGCACGUAGGGACCAUGGACAAAAACCUUCCAAUGCCUGAAAUCGAUGAUUUUGACUCGUUGGAUUCUUCUUCGUCAUCAUCAUCCUCUUCGGAGUCUGAAGAAGAGGAGUACUACGGUCACGGCGCUGAUCUCGCUGACUCCAAGAGAAGGCGCCGGGAGAAGAAGGAGGAAAAGAAGUGGCGCAAGAAGGAAAAGAAGCUCAGGAAAAAGGUCAAGGAACGCGAGAGGCAGUACGCGUUGUACUUGAACUACAUCGCGCCUCGCGACAUGCCUGUUCCAGGAAAUUACUAUGGUUGA